UGAUUUUGCAUUGCCGGGAGGAGAACUGUUUGUAAACAAAACAGUUCUCCUCCCUGUCAGCACGUGCAAACUGCUUUGGAUGGCUGUGCAGAGCACAGCCAUGCAAAGCAGUGUGCUUACACUGAAGCACACAGACAUAGCACUUAGUAAAACAGUUAACCCUUUGAUCGCCCCUCAUGUUAACUCUUUUCUGCCCAGUGUCAUUAGUACACUGUCAGUGCUUUUUUUUAGCACUGAUCACUGUAUUGGUGUUACUGGGGAUGUCAGUGACACCAAGUCAGUUCCCCCCAGUGUCAAAAUGCCCGCCACAGUCCCGCUAUAA